AUGAGUAAAAAUAUUGAACAAUUCAUUGGAGGUAACAAUUUACAAACAGCUCCACGAGGAAAUGUCCGAAAUUUUGUCGAGCAACAUGGGGGUCAUUCAGUUAUCACGAAAAUUUUAAUAGCUAACAACGGGAUUGCCGCAGUAAAAGAAAUUCGUUCUAUAAGAAAAUGGGCUUACGAAAUAUUUGGAGAUGAGCGAGCUAUCCAAUUCACAGUCAUGGCUACUCCCGAAGAUUUGAAAAUCAAUGCAGAGUAUAUUCGAAUGGCUGAUCAAUAUAUUGAAGUUCCCGGUGGUUCUAAUAAUAAUAAUUAUGCCAACGUUUCUUUGAUCGUUGACAUAGCAGAGCGAACUGAAAAAUUAGCACAAGGUAAAAAUAAGAUCGUCUUCAUAGGACCUCCAGGUUCUGCGAUGAGAUCUUUAGGUGAUAAAAUAUCUUCAACAAUAGUUGCUCAAUCAGCUAAUGUACCAACAAUGGAAUGGAGUGGAAGUGGAAUUACUAAGACAGAUUUCGAUGAAUAUGGUCGUGUGAUCGUACCUGAACAAACUUAUGAAGAGGCGUGUAUUAAGGAUUCUGAUGAUGGCUUAGAAAAAGCUAAAAUUAUAGGAUUUCCAGUGAUGAUAAAAGCUUCCGAAGGUGGGGGUGGUAAAGGAAUACGUAAAGUAGAAAAUUCUGAAAACUUUAAGCAAGCAUUCGCUCAAGUUAAGGGUGAAGUUCCUGGAUCCCCCAUAUUCAUUAUGAAACUUGCUGGAAAUGCUCGUCACUUAGAAGUACAAGUAAUCGCAGAUCAAUAUGGAAAUGCCAUAUCAUUAUUUGGUAGGGAUUGUUCAGUGCAAAGAAGGCAUCAAAAAAUUAUUGAAGAAGCACCAGUGACUAUUGCAAACGAUGAAACAUUUGAGGCAAUGGAAAAGGCGGCUGUCAGAUUAGCUAAACUAGUUGAUUAUGUUAGCGCAGGCACUGUUGAAUAUUUAUUUGAUAGUAACGAAAAUUCUUUCAGCUUUUUGGAACUUAAUCCAAGAUUACAAGUAGAACAUCCCACUACUGAAAUGGUUUCUGGUGUGAAUUUACCAGCAGCUCAAUUACAAAUUGCCAUGGGUAUUCCACUUCAUAGAAUCCGAGAUAUAAGGGUUCUCUAUGGAUUAGCUCCCAAUGGAACAUCAGAAAUUGAUUUUGAUUUUUCAAACCCAGAAUCGUUACAAACUCAGAGAAAACCGGCACCAAAAGGACAUGUAAUUGCCGUAAGAAUCACAGCAGAGAAUCCUGAUGCCGGCUUUAAACCUAGUAGUGGUAUGAUGCACGAACUUAAUUUUCGAAGUAGUACAAAUGUUUGGGGUUACUUUUCGGUGAAUUCUGCUGGUGGUCUUCAUGAAUUUGCCGAUUCUCAAUUUGGACAUAUUUUUUCCUACGGAGAGAAUCGUCAAGAAUCGCGUAAGAACAUGGUUAUUGCUUUAAAAGAACUUUCAAUCAGAGGCGAUUUUCGUACAACUGUUGAAUAUCUAAUUAAAUUACUUGAGACAAAAGCAUUUGAAGAUAAUAGUUUCACCACUUGUUGGUUGGAUAUGUUAAUAUCAGAAGUAAAUUUAACGGCCGAGAAACCUGAUAAGAUGUUAGCUAUUAUUUGUGGUGCAGUAACUAAAGCCUACACUGCUUCCCAAGAAUCUAUCUCAGAAUAUAGACGCUUUUUAGAAAAAGGUCAAAUUCCCAGCAAAGAUGUUUUACGAACGGUCUUUGCGAUUGAUUUUAUUUAUGAUGGAGUUCGUUACAAGUUUACCUCUACGCGCUCUGCUCCUCAUUCUUUCAUGUUCUAUUUGAAUGGAUCUAAGGGUCAAGUAUCCGUUCGUGCUCUUUCAGAUGGUGGUCUUUUAGUUCUUUUAGAUGGAAAGAGUCACACUUGUUAUUAUCGGGAAGAAGUUCAGGGAACUCGUCUGAUGAUUGAUGGUAAGACAUGCUUGCUUGAGCAAGAAAAUGAUCCGACUCAACUUCGUUCUCCAUCUCCAGGAAAACUUGUAAGAUUGUUGAUUGAAUCUGGUGAUCACAUUAACGGUGGAGAAGUAUACGCUGAAAUAGAAGUGAUGAAAAUGUACAUGCCUUUAAUUGCUACGGAAGAUGGUAUUGUACAUUUUAUUAAACAAGCAAACUCCACGCUUGAGGCCGGUGACAUUAUAGGAAUUCUUACCCUUGACGAUCCAAGUCGAGUUCGUCAUGCUAUACCUUUUGAAGGCCAAUUUCCGACUAUGAAUCCUCCAGUUAUUAUUGGUGAUAAAGCUCAUCAGAGAUAUUACGAGGUCAGAAACAUUUUAGAAUGCAUAUUGGAUGGAUAUGAUAAUCAAGCUGUAUUACAUAGUAGUGUCAAAGAAUUGAUUGAACUUUUGAGAAAUCAAGAGUUACCUUAUUUAGAAUUUCAUUCCGUAUUUUCAACACUUACUGGGAGGAUACCAUCAAAAUUAGAAUCAGCCAUUCAAAAUAUCUAUACAGAAAGUGAAAAAAAAGUAUUAGAAUUUCCUGCUGAAAAUCUUAAAGAUUUGAUUGAAAAUUAUUCUCGAGAUCAUGUCAAUUCUAAUGACAUUGCCAAUUUUGAGGCAUUAAUAGAACCAUUAAUUGAAAUUAUUAACAAAUACAUAUCUGGAUUAAAAUUCCGUAAAUGGUCAGAUAUCAUAUACUUUUUAAAUAAAUAUCACGAAAUUGAGGUACUAUUUUCAGAUCAAGCAAAACGUGAAGAAGAGGUAAUUCAUUCUUUACGUGAAAAAUAUAAAGAUGAUUUGGAUAAAGUAAUUUCAAUAGUCUUAUCACAUUCUAAAGUUGCUGCCAAGAAUAAUCUCAUUUUAUAUUUACUGGAUCAAAUAAAGCCCGCAAAUGUUGGGCAGGCUCUUGAUAAAUUCUUUUCUCCCGUUUUGAAAAAGUUAGCUGAACUUAGCGGAAGGCAUACCGCCAAAAUUUCAUUGAAAGCAAGAGAAUUAUUGAUUCAUUGUCAUUUACCUUCAUACGAAGAAAGAUAUGCGCAAAUGGAACAAAUACUCAAAGCUGCUGUUAUAGAGAGUCAUUAUGGUGAUGAUGGUUAUGAUUAUAGAACACCAAGUUAUGAUUCCCUCAAGGAAUUGAUCGAUACAAGGUUUGCUGUCUUUGAUGUUUUACCAAAUUUCUUUUAUCAUCCGGACAAUUGGAUCGGUCUUGCAGCAUUAGAAGUCUAUGCACGACGUGCAUAUCGUGCUUACCAGCUUUUGGACUUAGAAUAUCAUACGGACGAAGUUCCAUUCAUGGUUUCUUGGAAUUUCUUAUUGCAUAGCACCACAACCGAUCCACCAACUACAAAUUUUAGUAUGCGACGAUCCGGUUCUGUUUCAGAUUUAAGUUAUUUAGUUCCACGUACAAAGAAUGAACCUGUUCGUGUUGGUGCUAUGUUUUCUUGUAGAUCUAAUGGAGAAAUUGAAAAAAAUUUAUCAAGGAUUUUGAGUGUAUUUCCAAAAUCAUCUCCACAAGAUUCAUCUGAUACGAACGUUAAUAAUGUUCUCAACAUUGCUUUGAGAUUAGAUGAUGACCCAGUAGAUGAUGAAACUCUUAAACGAGAUAUACAACCUAUAAUUCAACGACACGCAUUUGAACUUCGUGAACAUGCAAUCCGACGUCUUACCAUAGUUCUAUUUAGAAAAGGACAAUAUCCUGGGUAUUUUACAUUUCGGGAGGCUAGAGAUUAUCAUGAAGACCAAACAAUACGUCAUAUUGAACCUGCUAUGGCUUAUCAACUUGAACUCCCGAGGUUAUCGAAUUUUGAUAUAAAACCUUGCUUCACAGGAAAUCGUCAAAUACAUGUAUAUUUUUCCAUAGGAAAAGAAAAUUCAUCAGAUUGUAGAUUUUUUAUUCGAGCCUUAGUUCGCCCGGGAAGAUUACGAAGUAGUGUACGUACCGCAGAUUAUCUUAUUUCGGAAUCGGAUCGACUUUUAAAUGAAAUUCUGGAUACUUUGGAGAUCGUCAGUUCUGAACAUAAGAAUUCAGAUUGUAAUCAUUUAUUUAUUAAUUUUAUUCCAACAUUUGUAUUGGAACCACGUCAAGUUGAAGAGGCUGUAAGAGGUUUUAUAGAGAGACACGGGAAACGAUUGUGGAGAUUACGUGUAACAGGUGCCGAAGUGAGAUUUAAAGUAGAAGAUCCUGCUCAAGGAAAUCAUUAUCCUUUACGUGUAAUCAUUAAUAACGUAUCAGGUUAUGUUGUUAAAGUUGAAACAUAUCAAGAGGUUACAACUGAAAAAAAUAAUAUCAUUCUUAAAUCCAUUGGAAAAACCGGGUCAAUGCACCUUCAAUCGAUACAUACUCCAUAUCCAACUAAAGAAUGGCUUCAACCAAAACGGUAUAAAGCACAUUUAUUGGGAACAACUUAUGUUUAUGAUUUUCCCGAAUUAUUCCGUCAAGCUACCCGAACACAAUGGAAUCGAGCUGCACACUAUAAUCCGGAACUUAAAUGUCCGAAUGAUGUAUUAGAAGCAAAAGAGUUAGUUUUAGAUGACAAAGAUAAACUACAAGAAGUUGAUCGAGCACCUGGUACUAAUACUUGCGGCAUGGUAGCCUGGGUUAUUAAACUUUUCACUCCCGAAUAUCCUAAAGGUCGUAAAAUUACCGUAAUAGCAAAUGAUAUUACGUUCCAAAGCGGUUCAUUUGGUCCCGCGGAAGAUCAAUUCUUUGCUAAGGCGACUGAACUUGCUAGGGAAAUGGGUAUUCCUAGAAUUUAUUUGUCCGCUAAUUCAGGAGCCAGAAUUGGUUUGGCCGAUGAAAUUUUCGAUCAUUUUAAAGUUUCCUGGAUAGAUAAAGAAAAUCCAACGAAAGGAAUAAAUUAUUUUUACAUCGAUGCGGAUAUUUAUAAACAAUUAAACCAAAAUGGCAGAAAAUCUGUGAUUGCUGAGGAAGUGAUUGUAAAUGAAGAAUUAAGAUAUAAAAUCACUGAUAUUAUUGGAGUCAAAGAUGGACUUGGUGUUGAGUCUCUAAAAGGAUCUGGAUUAAUCGCUGGCGUUACAUCUCGUGCCUAUGAAGAUAUUUUUACAAUCACUUUAGUUACAUGUCGUUCAGUUGGUAUUGGGGCAUAUUUGGUUCGCCUAGGUCAACGAACAAUUCAGAAUGAAGGACAACCUAUUAUACUUACUGGAGCACCUGCAUUAAAUAAAGUCUUAGGUCAAGAAGUAUACACAUCAAAUCUACAACUCGGAGGCACUCAAAUAAUGUAUAGAAAUGGUGUAUCACAUCUCACAGCUCAAAAUGAUUUGGAAGGCAUUACCAAGAUUAUUCAAUGGCUUUCUUAUAUUCCUUCUUCGCAAAAUUCCCCAGUAUCCAUAUUUCCCAAUUCCGAUACCUGGGAUCGAGAUAUUGAUUAUGUACCUCCCAAAGCUCCAUAUGAUCCGCGAUGGUUAAUUGCUGGUAAAUUUGAAAAUGGAAAUGAUUCUAGUAGUAAUUGGCUAAGUGGAUUUUUUGAUCGUGGAUCAUUCGUUGAAACGUUAUCCGGAUGGGCAAGGACUGUGGUUGUCGGUCGCGCACGACUUGGAGGAGUACCAAUGGGAGUCAUAGCUGUAGAGACGCGUACGGUAGAACAUAUAGUUCCCGCAGAUCCCGCAAAUGCCGAGUCUCAUCAACAAAUGAUGAUAGAAGCAGGACAAGUUUGGUAUCCAAAUUCGGCUUAUAAAACUGCCCAAGCAAUUAAUGAUUUUAAUAAAGGUGAACAGCUUCCUCUAAUUAUUUUCGCAAAUUGGCGAGGAUUCUCUGGAGGUCAACGUGAUAUGUUUUUGGAGGUAUUGAAAUAUGGAUCAUAUAUCGUUGAUGCACUUACUAAUUAUAAACAACCCGUAUUUGUUUAUAUUAUACCUAACGGGGAACUUCGUGGAGGAGCCUGGGUAGUAAUAGAUCCAUCAAUUAAUGAAAAUAUGAUGGAAAUGUAUGCUGAUAAAAAAUCUAGGGCAGGUGUUCUCGAACCUGAAGGAGUUGUUGAAAUCAAAUAUCGUAAACCUCAAAUACUUGAAACAAUGGAACGCCUAGAUGAAACAUAUCGUAGUCUUAAGAAAUCCUUGGAUGAUUCAACAAUUUCCGAAACACAAAAAUCAGAAAUUAAGUUACACCUGGAAGCGCGUGAACAAGAGUUGCUUCCAGUAUAUUCUCAAAUUGCACUCCAAUUUGCGGAAUUACAUGAUACACCAGGCAGAAUGAAAGCUAAAAACACAAUUCGUAAGGUAUUAGAAUGGAAACAAGCAAGGAGAUAUUUUUAUUGGCGUGUAAGACUACGUUUGCAUGAAGAAUAUAUUUUUAGAAAAAUUCAUGAAGCCAAUUCAAAUCUUACGAGGAGUCAAAUGAAAUCAUAUUUAGUUGAAUGGUUCCGUAAUGACAUGAAAAUUGAAUAUGAUUGGGAAGAAUCUGAUAUUGAAGUUGUGAAGUGGUUUGAUAAAAUUCUUAGUGAAGAUAUGAAUGAUAAAAAUAAUGAUAAUUCGGAAUUUACCGAGACUUUCCCUUCAAUUAAGUCAAGAAUUGAAAAGAUUCGAGAUGAAGCAAUUACUAAGAAUGUUAUACAUUUGGGAAAGAGAAAUCAGAAGGCGGUAUUUGAAGGGAUAUCAGAACUAUUCAAAGAUUUGAGUAUUGAAGAAAAGAAUGAUUUACUAAAAAAAUUAUCUGAAACCGAAUGA